AUGUACAAACCAGGAAACUACUUUUUCGUGCUGCCCUGGAUAGCGUUCAUUCCAUGGUAUGGAAUGCUCAUCGCAAUGCUUGUGUGCUGGGCAGCACAGGGCCAUCCGAUCUAUUGGUUCAUGCACACAUACCAGUUCCCGCUGUACAUAUCAGACAUCGGAGCCACCAAUCUGCGGCCAUUGUUCAUCUCGUGCGCAGGCUGGCAAGGUCUGGGCUACUGCAUCUGCAUCGCAUGCGAGUAUUUCCAACGCAGUGGGCGCUGGCCGUUUCAGCGGAGUGCGUUCUCCAAAAACGCCGUGGCCGACCACGGGUCGGUGUCGGCGUCCCAGGACACGGUCAAGUCCAACUACGGCGAUAUGCUGCGGUCAGCCAAGUUUCUGAUGCCCCCAUACUACACCCGCCACGAACGCAACUGCAUCUGGGCCUGCUUCGCCCUGGGCGCGGCAGGCGAGAUCUGUCUGCUUAUGUGCUCGAUUUUCUCCACUGCACACUACCAUCGCGUCCACAUCACCAUGGUCGGCCUCUUCUGUGCGUUCAUGUUCCUGUCCGUGUGCUGUAACAUCGCUGAGUACUUCAUGAUGGGCAGGCAUUACGCCCAGCUGCAUCCACUGGCUAGUCCAGAGGAUAGGCUGGUCGAGACCCGCUGGAAUCACUGGGUUGGUUACCGUUUCAACAAGUACACUAUCAGCGCCAUCGCAAAGACUGUUUGGCUGGCCGCUGCUCUGGCAUGGGCAAUUGCCUUUGGUGCCAUCAGUGACAAUUCCAAGAGUUCCUGUUUUGAAUGGCUUCUAGCAUUCUGGUUCGGAAUCAUAUUCAUCAUCAUCUCCGUCGAUUUCUACCUGGGCGGGCGCUACAAGCACUCCAAAUACUUCCAUCAAGUCACCUCCUUCGAAGGCUACUACAAGUACGACAAGCUGGUCCCAACUCCACGCCAAACUGACGGCAUUAUCGAAGCUUAG